CGGCCCCGGCGUCUUCUCCAGAGGGCUAGUUCCACGUGGUAUCACGUUCAGCAUUCUGGGAGUUGUAGUCCCGCCCCUCUCAGCGAGCCCCCUUUUUUGAAUGGGGACGGGGUAGCCUCGGAACUACAGCUCCUCGCGAGGAGCUAGAAGCCGGAGCUGCCUCAGGAGCCCUGGGAGGGGAUGUUCUUGGUGGAGGCGGACCCGGCAGCCCGGUGCCCAGGGACAGCGGCUUAGGCAUCCCGCCCCGGCCGUCCCCACCAGAGUCACCAUGCACGCGGCCUGCGCCGUUGGCCUGGUGUUCGCCGGCUGUUGCAGUAACGUGAUCUUCCUGGAGCUGCUGGCCAGGAGGCAUCCAGGAUGUGGGAACAUUGUGACAUUUGCACAGUUUUUAUUUAUAGCCAUGGAAGGCUUUAUCUUUGAAGCUAACUUGGGAAGGAAGAAGCCUGCUAUUCCAAUAAGGUACUAUGCCAUUAUGGUGAUGAUGUUCUUCACUGUCAGUGUGGUGAAUAAUUAUGCUCUAAAUCUCAACAUUGCCAUGCCCCUGCAUAUGAUAUUUAGAUCAGGUUCUCUGAUUGCCAAUAUGAUUCUAGGCAUUAUCAUUUUGAAGAAAAGAUACAGUAUGUCCAAAUAUACUUCCAUUGCUCUGGUGUCUAUGGGGAUUUUUAUCUGUACUUUUAUGUCUGCAAAACAAGUGGCAUCCCAGUCCAGUUUGAGUGAGAAUGAAGGAUUUCAGGCAUUUGCGUGGUGGCUACUAGGGAUUGCUGCCCUGACCUUUGCCCUUCUGAUGUCAGCAAGGAUGGGCAUCUUUCAAGAGACACUCUAUAAGCAAUUUGGAAAACAUUCCAAGGAGGCUCUGUUUUAUAAUCAUGCUUUGCCACUCCCUGGCUUCAUCUUCCUGGCUUCUGAUAUCUAUAAUCAUGCACUUCUUUUUAAUAAAUCUGAACUGUAUCAGGUUCCUGUUGUCGGGGUGGCAAUGCCCAUCAUGUGGUUCUACCUUCUCAUGAACAUCUUCACUCAGUAUGUUUGCAUCCGGGGAGUGUUCAUCCUCACCACCGAGUGCACCUCCCUCACUGUGACACUUGUGGUGACCCUGCGCAAAUUUGUCAGCCUCAUCUUCUCCAUCCUCUACUUCCAGAACCCUUUCACCCUCUGGCAUUGGUUGGGUACCAUGUUUGUCUUUGUGGGGACUUUGAUGUACACCGAGGUAUGGAAUAGCCUGGGAGUAUCCAGGAGACAGUCCCAGAAGGUGGACAAGAAGGACUGAGGUUCCUCUGGAAUAGACUCUUCCAGACUUAGGAGGAUGGUGUUGUCAUGAAGUUCUGGCUACCAUCCCACUUUCUUUAUAGCUUACAUACCCCAGCAUAGAUCCAAAUACAUAGCAGGGAAUCCUCAUAUGUAGGGGGAUUUUAGUAUUCCUGAUGUCUAUGCUGACUAUUAUUUGCAGCUGCUGGCUGAAUCCUCUAUCCCCCAACUCAGAAAUAGAAAAGGAUCUCUUGUGCAGAGUAUCCAUUUGUAUUUUUAUUAAAGUGUUCGAGAUAUGUAUUUAUUAAAUUCCAAGGAUGUGAAGGAGCUAGUUUUAUACCAGUGGUCUCAGACAGGAUUUCCCUUUUCCCAGGAGCCAAUAAUAGUCCCAGUCCCACUCUAUCACCAGCAAUAGCAGACCGUGCAGACCCACCUAACAUAAUCACCUGAACCAUCAAGUGGGUGAUUAGCUGAGGAAGUAGUAACGUGGCUGGGAGCUGCAGUGAAACUGGAGCAGGUCAGGCGGCUGUGCCUCUUCUUCCCCACUAAUAGUCUCUUUUGUUCUUACUGGCUCCCCCAUCCAUCCAGACGUAAAAUAAUGGUAACAUACUUGUGGAAUAUCCUGCUUAUAGCAGCCAUGAAACAGUCCAGUUAUAAGCACAGCUGUAUUAGGACUCACUAUGGUCCACAGUCAGUCUUUGUGCAAAAGUCAUGAACUGAAUACAUUUGGUAAAGAGGGAGCUCUUUUAUGUGAAGGCCGAGAUGGCAUCUUUGGGACUGUAGUGAACAAGUUUGCUUCGUGCUGGCGGGACCUGAUCAGAACUUCC